AUGGCUACUCUCUCGCAAAUCGCAACCGGCCUCGUCGCCGCCGAGCAUGUCUACAUUCUCGUGCUGGAAAUGUUUCUCUGGACGACGCCGCGUGGUCUCAAAGCAUUCAAGCUCACCAAGGACAUGGCGGAAAAGACAAAGGUCCUGGCUGCCAACCAAGGCCUCUACAACGGCUUCCUGGCGGCGGGCCUGGCCUGGAGCCUGCUGCACCCGGUUCCCGAGUUUGCGCAAGAACUGCGACUGUUCUUCCUCUCCAACGUGGUCGUGGCCGGAGCGUACGGCGGCGCGACGGGGCCGAAGAAGAUCUGGAAGGUGCAAAUGCUACCGGGCCUGGUGUCUUUUGCGCUGACGUACUUUGCGCUUUGA